GCUGCUGCUCCCUAUGGCUUUGAAGGCGCUGCCCAGGCUGAGUCUGCUAAGGAGCUGGCGAAGAUGCCUGUAGCAAACAAGAGCUACCUCCAGGUGACCAGACCAGGAUGCUUUUGCAAAUUGGCAAAGUUGGGUGUUCUCUCUCUCUCUAUUCCUAAUGGGGAACAGUACAUCUGCUACCACAGACUCUAACACUGCUGCUGCUAACCAGAUAGAGCAAACUAUCUCAGACAACUGUGUAGUGAUCUUCUCGAAAACCACCUGCUCCUAUUGCAACAUGGCAAAGAAGCUGUUUGAAGAUAUGGAUGUGAACUACACAGCCAUUGAAUUGGACAUGUACGAAAACGGAAGCCAGUUUCAAGAUAUUCUUCAUCAAAUGACUGGCGGCAGGACAGUUCCAAGAAUAUUUAUCAAUGGAACAUUUGUCGGAGGUGCUACAGACACACAGAGACUUCAUCGGGAAGGCAAACUUCUCCCAUUAGUUCACCAGUGUCUCUUGCGAAGCGGGCGAAACUCAGAACAGCCAUGUAGCCUUCCUUGAUUCUGAAACAGUUGUGUUCCUGAAGUUUAUUGGACUGUGUAUACUUAGUUAUGAAUUCUUACACCCCAGUACUCUGGUUUCAGUACUAUUUAUGUGCUCAACAUAUGUAUGGAAGGUUUUCAAUUUAUCAUGAUCCAGUUCAUCCUAAAUUCACAAUGCACUCUUGCACAUUCUCAAUACAAAAUAAGCUCUGUUGAAAGAGUAAAAAUGCAUAGAAGUGCACUGCUUGUUUUCAAUUUAACCACAAAUUCUAUUUAAAUACUUAAAUUUCAUUUCGGUCCAACCCAAUGCAAAUAAAUAGCUAACUACACAGUCCUAACCACAUCUAUGCAGAAGUAAACCCUAUUGAAUUCAUUGGGGUUUGCUCCCAGGUCACAGUAUUAUUGCAGCUUAAAUUGAGGUCUGAUGCAGUUGAAAUAAUAAUAAAAAUAAAAAUGUCCAGUAGCACCUUAGAGACCAACUAAGUUUGUUCUGGGUAUAAGCUUUCGUGUGCAUGCACCCCAAACCUUAUACAGUGGUACCUCGACUUACGAACAACUCGACAACCGAAUUUUUCGACUUACGAAUGGGGGUAAUGGCCGCACGCUUAUGAAUGUCUUGACAUCCGGAAAAAACCGCGACGGUUUUAGAUGGGGAUUUUUCGACUUACGAAUUUUUAGAUAGGGUUGCUUCGACUUGCGAAUUUUUCCGUUUUAAAUGCAUUCCUAUGGGAAAUCAUGUUUCCAAUGGCGUUUUUCGACUUACAAACUUUUCGACUUAUGAAGGUGCCUUCGAAACGGAUUAAAUUCGUAAGUCGAGACACCACUGUACACAGAACAAACUUAGUUGGUCCCUAAGGUGCUACUGGACAGUAUUGUUAUUAUUAUUACGAGCUUAAAUUAAGUUGCACUUGGGCAUCAUUGAAAUUAAUGUGGAAAGUUAAUAAUGACUUAGUUUCCCCUGAAGUAUGGUAACUAACUUCAACUUCAUCUAGAAUCAAUUCAAGAUUCAGCUAGUAUAUUCUGUAGCAAAGAAUCCCUACAUGUGUCAAAUGUAGAGAGAGCAGUGUUUGGUGACAAAACACUAAGCGAAUGCUUGCAGAUUCUGUGGCUGUAUUUAGCUGUUGGAACUGUGGGAUGGAAAGCCUGCUGCCUUGGCCCCAGCCGGAGCGUGUCCCAUCUCAGCUUUGCCGCUGCGGAGAUCCAUCAGUCGUCAUCCUCCAAUGUGCAUCUGCGAUUCAUGCAGUUGUGCGCGAACACACAUUACUCAGCAGUGUAAACACACAACAGGGCUGGCUCGAUGGGUGGAUACUAGGCUAUGUUUAUUGAACAUAAAUCAGGACAAAGAAAAACAUGGCUUCUCUCUUUGUCGUUCUUCUUGGAUAGAGAGAAAACAAAGUGGAUGUUCCGCUCAUGGGAUUCCAGCAAUCUGUGCUGGAAUGUAAACAGACAUGUGACAUGUAACAAUCUCGCAUAUCUGCAGCAAGGGUGGAAUGGAAUUCCCAACAUUAGCUACCUUGUAGUACACUAGGUUUACCCUAGCAUCGAUGUCUCCUUUAUUCAAAUUAGAGCUGCAGCUCUGGCCUCUUAGACAAAAGCUGCAGUUGGAAUUAAAUGCAGCAGUCCCCACCCUCCACCCUUUCCAUUGAGAUUGAGAUUAUACUACAAGAAAUGCAUGUUGCGUGCAUUAAUUUUGCUGGCAGUUGGAACACUGCCAAAGACAAAUAAAACACCUCCGAUCUAUGUGAAAAGUGUGUGCGUGUGUAUGCGAGCUUCCAAACAGGGUUGAUGCUGUUAGCUUGUUUCAAAAACCAAAGAUGAAUCGCAAGGUAUACGCAUAAUGCUGAGCUGUGGUUAAUGGAAACCAGAAGCAAGCAUUUUGAACUCCUUGUUGUGACCAUGCCCAAGGGGGUGGGAGGAGUGUACAAGCAAAGAGUCUAGCUGGCACUCUUCCUUCCCGGCAUCAUUGCCAGACCUUGAGAAAGCAAUGGCAGAGGAUUAGCUUGUCACAGUUCGAAUCAAGCAGGUGGAGAGGCGAGAGGAGGAAAGAUAUUAAAGAAGUGCGGUAUUGCUAUCUGAAGUGACAGGCGAGAAGUUUUCCCUGUUGCUGAAUAACUGAGCGAAGUAAGAUUCUUCAGCAUUUGCCAUUAAGUGUGUGCAAUUAUUUAAUGUACCUUUCUCAUUCUUGCUUGCCCAAAACUAUAGCUAGUUUUAAUUAUUACAGUGGUACCUUGGUUCUCAAACACCGAAAACCCUGAAGUGUUCCAGUUUUUGAAUGUUUUUCGGAAGCCGAAUGUCCGAUGCAGCUGUCGGCGAUAGUUUCCAGGGCACCUGCGCCAAUUAGAAGCUGCGCCUUGGUUUUUGAACGUUUUGGAAGUCACACGGACUUCCGGAAUGGAUUAAGUUUGGCGCUUUUCUUUUUGCUAUUUAUUUUGUGUUUUUGUUUUCGAGGCUUUUUCGGUCAAUUUCUUUUUGCGACUGUGAAACCCAGUUCAGCUACCAAUUGAUUGAUUGCGUGACUGUGGAAAUGGAUAAAAGCCCCCCAUCCAAACAAUGACCAAUCAUCAUCAUAAGAAAAAAUAAUGU